CCGUGCGCACAAUUAUGUGACCAAGUGUCGUUGUCAAGUUGGACAGUAGCGCUCAGCUGCGGUGUCGGUGUCAGACGGACUCGGGUGGACACGCGCGCGCACCACCAUGGAGUCUAUAUUGGACAGUCUGGCUGCGGAGCGGCUUUAUCCCCCUGGAGCCAACCUGUUGGACUUGGAGGAACUGAGCGACGGAGAUUUUCUGACCAACGUGCCUUUCUCUGGUGACCAGAUGGAGGACUUCAGCAGCGAUUUAUUCAGCAGUUUCUUUGAAGAUCAUCUAUUAGAGCGCCCCCUACUGGCAGACAGACCCCCAUUCCCACACAUGGACAUAGAGAGCAGCCCAGAUAUCCAAGCUGAGCACAGCUACUCCCUGAGUGAAGACUCCGCCCCCCAGAGCCCAGCGCUCUCAAUCAAAAUGGACCAAGACUCAGAGUUUGAAUGGAACUUCAGUCAGGACCUGACGGCCAUCUUGGUCAAGCAGGAGGAGUCGGAUGCAAGCCAGCAGUUGGAGCCGCCGCCGAUCGAAGGUCCUCCGCUCGUACUGAGCCCUCCGCCUCCGCACAGAGGAUGGAAGCACGCGGAGCGACAUCUAGUGGACGAUAAGAUGGUGAUGAUAAAAGAUGAACCCAAAGAGCUGGAGCAGUUCCUCAGCCUGCCGACUGAUGACGCUCUCCAGUUGCCCCCGACCCCUCCUAGCAGUAACCACGGCGACAGCGACGGCUCCCUCCCCCCCUCCUCCCCACAUCUUGCUCUGCCACCCUCCUCACCCCAGCCACAGCAGAGGCCUGGAGGUCGGCCCUCUUCGUCUUCCUCGUCCACAGCCAUCUCCUCCUCGCCGCUGCUCACGGCCGCACAUAAGCUGCAGGGGUCGGGGCCCCUCAUGCUGACAGAGGAGGAGAAGAGGACUCUGGUUGCAGAGGGUUACCCAGUUCCCAACAAACUCCCGCUCACCAAGAGUGAGGAGAAAGCACUGAAGAGAGUCCGACGAAAGAUCAAAAAUAAGAUUUCUGCUCAGGAGAGUCGGAGGAAGAAGAAAGAGUAUGUUGAAUGUCUGGAAAAAAAAGUGGAGAGCUACACGUCAGAAAACAGCGACCUGUGGAGGAAGGUUGAGAACCUGGAGACCGCCAACAGGUCUCUACUUCAACAACUACAGAAGUUCCAGGCCCUGGUUAUGGGGAAAGUUGUCCCGAAAUCCAGUAAAAUGGCCUCAACCCAGACAGGAACAUGCAUCAUGAUGAUAGCCUUGUGUUUCGUGCUGGUGUUGGGCUCCUUCUCCUCCUGCGUCUCGCCUCUCUCCUUUUUCAGCCCCCCCUCCACGCUGCCCUCCCCACUCUCACCAUCAUCAGCUGACCCCUACACCGUCAGCCAGGUCCGCUCUCGCAGCCUGCUCUUCUACGAUGAGGGCUCUCCACUCGCGGAGAGUGCAGCGCCGUUGGCACACGGCGAGACGUUACAGUCGGACGUCCAGGUCCAGAUCAGCCGCUACACAGCUGAAGCCAAUAGCAACCAGACCGCUGGCUCCAAACGAUACCACAGUGAAACAAAUCCAGAUGGCUCCUCCGAGAUUUUCUGACAGCCAGCCAGCCUCUCCUCCCAUGACAUCUGACCUCUGACCCCUCAAAAGCCCACCAGCGUGUGACUGCUAAACUCAUCUUUCUUUCACCAACAACUGGACCGAGGCCUGCCUCACCGUGACAGUGCCACCUCCGCUCUACUUGAAUAUGAAAAAGUGCUUGUCUAAUCUCGAAAUCACACCUGUAGUUACCACCCUCCCCCUCAAAGGCAAAAAAACUCAAUCUAUUUUCCUACCAAAUCAAUCACUGUGAAUGAGUGAAGUUUGACUAGAAAAGCUUUUCAAUUCACUGUUCAAGAUCCCUUUCCCCGGUGUUUCCAGGAUCUUAUCUCCUUUAACAACCCUCGGUGUCUGUGUUGAGGUGUGCUCCUGGGGUUCAGGUGGAGAAUGGGAAAUAUUUGAAAUGAAAUGUGUUAAUAUAUAUUUGCAGCAUCUAAAAAGAGCAUAUUUAUUUAUGCAACAAAAAAAAUAAUUGUACUGAUUUUUUUUAUCGAAUCUGUUUAUAAUAUAUUCUGAGCAUCAAAAAAGAGCAUAUUUAUUUUAUGCGAUAAAAAAAGGAAAUGUGUUUUGGAGUAUAUUUUGAUAUGUGUGUGACCUGGGGUGUGUUGUUCGUCUUCUUAUUCCGAUUGAGUGUUAAUUCCUCUGCUGUUGCAUGGAAACGUUUCUUAAAUUUAGCGACCUUCACUGUGCUCUUUCAUGUCAAACCCAUCGACUUUUUUUUUUUUCAAAGAAACUAACGGUGUUCAUGCAGCAGCAGUGUGUGUUGUAUUUAUUCUUGUUGUUGUAGAAAGUUUGUACAUAUUUAGGAGGUCGACACAUUUCAGGAAGUUUAAAGUAACAAAAUGAUCCUUUACUUUAGAAAAACAACACGUAGCUUGACAUUUUCCAUUGACCUUGAAUUGAUUGAAUUAGACCAUGUGACUGCAGCCCGUCAUUCAAUCCCACAAUCCAUCAGUGUACAGAUCAAAUGUGCAGUUGUAAAUAAGGGCCUUGUUUUUGUAUUGUGUUCCAAACCUGUGGAGUCUUGUGUCAAAAUUGGGGUUUUCUAACGGGAAGUUUGCUUUUUUUCCAAAGAUGUUCGAGAAGCCAAACACACUUCAAAUAUUUACCAUCCUGGACAUGUUGAAAUGUUUCAAAUGCGUGGGUUUGUGUGUCUUCUGGGUGUGUCGUGUCACGUCCUGCAUGUUCCUCCAUAUAUCUCUAUGAUAUUUUAGUGUAGCCAGUAGAGUAGAUACAGCAACUAAAUAAAAAAACUGCAUCAGCAUCUUUGUGUUCCGC